AUGGAAAAUGAAUAUAAUAAUAAUCAAUUUCAUUUUGAACAAAAAAAUUAUUUUCUUCGUUUUAUUAAAUUAAAUGAAAAUGAUAAAUUAAAUUCAAAAUUUUCUCAUAUUAAUAAACAUAUUCGUCAUGCAUUGGAAUAUUUUGUUGAUGAUUUAAAACAUGAUCAAUAUAAAACUAUUGAUCAUUUUCUUAAUCAAGAAUUUGUUAAUGAUAUUUUUCUAUUUAUUGCAAACUUAUUAUCAUGUGAUGAUGAUCGUAUUUGUGGUAAUUGUGCUUACAUUAUAGGCAGUAUAAUUGAAAUAGAAAAAGGUUUGAAACAAUUUUUAUCUAUAUUUACUGAUAAUUGCCUGUCAACAACAGUUGAUAUUGUACAAAUUUUAUGUCAAAUGUUAACACAUCCGGAUUCUGAUUGUAUAUUAAAUGCAACAGGGACACUCGGUACUAUAAUGGUUUUUAAUAUAUCAUUAUUAUUAAAUUCAACUAAUCCAUGGAUUGCUAGUAAUGCAGCAUUAGUAUUCGCAAGACUGACAGUAGAAGAAGUUGGUUGUCAAAUAAUUUUGACACAUACUAAACAUCAUGAAAUAUUAAAUCAACUUUUAGCUGCUCUUGAUGUAAAUGAUCCAAGUCGUUCAACUAAUAUUGCAUUUGCUAUAGCACGUUUAAUUGAAGGAGAAGGUGGCAAGAAAAUUUUAAUUAAUGAUUGUGGACAAAAUAAAUUUUUUGAAGCAAUAUUAAUAAUGCUUGAAAUUAAUGAAGAUAAAGGUAUUAAUAAAAAUGCUUGUUAUGCAUUAAGUUGUUUAUGUACAAGUCAAUAUGGUUUUCAAUUGUGUAUUGAAUCAAUAAUAUUAUUUCAUCAAAUACUUAUUGCUAUUGAAAAAAUACUUUUAUCAAUAGAACAUGAAACUGUUUGGUUUGCUUUAAUGUGUCUUACAACAAUUGCUAAACAUAAUGGAGCAUAUGAACAUUUAUGUUAUUCAAAAAACUUAUUAGAAAUAAUUAAACAAAUACAAGAAAAAUGGAUUGAAUAUAAAGAUAUACAAGAUGAAUCAAAAUUACUUUGGUUUAUGUUAAAUAAAAAUAUCAAACCAAAACAACCUCAAAUUGAUGAAUGUCGAGAAACUUCGGUUGAUAUUUCUUGGGAUCCAUGUAUAUCUAUUGAAGAUGAUAAAGAAAUACAAUAUCGUAUUAUAUUAGAUGAUGUUUCUAUUACAAAAACAAAUAAAACAAAUUAUUCUAUAAAUAAUUUAAAAUCAAAUACAAAUUAUAAUGUAAAAAUUCAAUAUGUAACAACACUAGGCGAAAGUAUUCCUAGUGAUCCAACAAUAUUCCAGACGGAGGAUGAAUUACCACCACCAGUUAUUAAUCUUCAUAUUGUUCGUACAACAAUGACAGCCGCUCGUAUAGGUUGGGAAUCACCUGAUCUUAGUGCUUGUAAUUUUUUCAAAGGUUAUCAAAUAUAUCUAAAUGAUAUUGAAUAUGAAUUUACUAAUGAAUGUGAAAUUACAAUUAAUUCAUUGAUACCUAAUACAGCUUACAAAAUUGAUGUAUGUGCCGUAACAAUGAAAGGAAAAGGACAACGUACUUCAAUUUAUGUAAAAACUGAAUCUAAUGGUGAUUCUAUUCCGGCACCACCAACAUUUCCAAUUAUUGGUCGACGUGAAUUACAUAUAAAAUGGCAAGCACCAGAAGUUAUAUGUGGUCGAUUAUUUCGUUAUGAACUUAUUUGUAAUGGUCGUUGUAUUUAUUCUGGUAUAGAUCAAGAAUAUCAUGCAACAAAACUUAAAUCUGAUACAGAAUAUAUCGUAGAAGUCAAUGUAAUUACUAAUGAAGGUCGUUUUCGUAGUCGACCAGCAAGAACUCGAACAUUAAAAGAUGAAUUUCAACGUACUGUUCGUCAUUCACUUUAUGAACGACCAACACAAAGUCCAAUUAGAUUUAAACGUUCUGAUACAGUUAUUGCACGAAAAGUUUCACCAACUGUUGAACGACGUUUAGCAAAAGAAAUGCCUGUUAUAAAUCAAAAUGUACAAAUUACUACUGUUCGUGCCGUACAAUUGAAAGUAAUUAUAUAA